UCAAAUAACUCCGAAAACCCCUCCCCUGUGACCCUGUCCUCUCCGGCUCUGUCUUUUUCUUCUUCCUCUCUUUUUCUUUCAGUAACGUUUGAAUUGCUUCAUAGAAUCUUCCGAUCUGUCAGCAAUCGCUUGCAUUGUCCUCGUAAUCUUACUUCUCUGAUUCGAAAACCCCGAUCUACACUGAUUCUUCCCUCCAAAAAGCUCCGUGAAAUGUCUUCCCCGAAGAUUCAGAGUGAGUGAAAAAACGAUAUGAACAUAUUUCGAUUCUCCGAGCCCAGUUCCCGAGAUCGAUUAGCUUCGAAAGUGCCCUCUUCUCCCAAAGGAAAGAAACAGAGUCAGAAACUCAAGUCUCCAAGAUCAUCAUCAUCUUCUGAGUUUCAUUCUUGCCAUUGUGAAGCUCUAAGUCAAAACAAGUUGCAUCAAGAUUCUGAUCAUCAAUUACCGAUGCGAAGCUUGUUAGCACAAGAAAUGUCAAAGCAGAAAGAAUCUAAAAGGAGAUCACCAAGCAUUAUAGCGAGGUUGAUGGGUCUCGAUGUCUUGCCGCCUCAGAGUUCUUCCCACAGGCAACACAAGUCUGUGGAGAGUCAGCAAGGUAUGAGCGGUGGAGGAACCAGUUCUUAUGAUGGUUGUGAAUCUCUUAGAAGGAGCUCAAAGUGUGAGCAGAAGUUUAAGGAUGUUUUCGAAGUUUUGGAUGCAAAGAAGGCAGAGAGGAGCAGUAGAAACUUAUAUCACCAGGGAAAGGUGGACGCUGCUAAUCUCACACAGGCGGAGAUGGCUUUUAUAAGGCAGAAGUUCAUGGAGGCUAAGCGGCUAUCAUCUGAUGAAAAGCUUCGUCAUUCUAAAGAGUUUAAUGAUGCGCUUGAGGCUCUUGACUCUAACAAAGACCUCUUACUGAAGUUUCUUCAGCAACCAGAUUCAUUGUUCACUAAACAUGUGCAUGAUCUUCAAAGCGCACCUCACAAGCCACGUUACAGUCAGGCGCCAUCUCUGAAGUGUCUUAGCCAUCCUCAGAAAGUUGAUAGGGACUCGUUGAGGAAGAUCCAUAGGUCGCCUCAUCGACAUGGUGGUGGGGAUGGUUGUCCUAGCCAUUCUCAUUCUAGGCAUGCUUCCUAUGAGACACUUGACUUACCAAACGUGGAGCAGGGAAAGAGAAAUGAGCAGCAGCCGACCAAGAUUGUUGUCCUGAAACCUAAGUUCGGUGGUAGAGCUUUUGCAUCGCCAAGCUCUUCUUCUGAUGAGUUCAGAGCAGAUCGUAGGCUUCUUCCAUGCACCAGCAGUCAUGGCAGGCAGAAAAGUAACGAAGACAUACGCCUCUCAAGACAGAGCUCAAAAGAUUCCGUAGAAUUUUCCAAAAUAAUGUCUAGGCAAAGGAAGGCGAGCUUUGAGACUUCAGGAUUCAGAGGAUAUGCAGGGGAUGAGAGCUCAUCAGGGAGUGAUUCUGCAAGUGAAUCAGAGCUAGUUCCAGUAACUUCAAGAGCAAGAACCGCCUUUAACCGUAAGAACCAUCAUCGGUCUUUGCCGUCUAAGUCAACAUCAUCAUCUGUGAGCAGAGAAGCCAAGAGGAGACUGUCUGAGAGAUGGAAGCUGACACACAAGUUCGAGCAAGAGAUAGAAAUUAGCAGAAGCGGCACAUUAGCUGACAUGCUUGCAACUUCAGAUAGGGAAGCAAGGCCAGCAAGUUUUGAUGGACUCAUUUUUGAAGAGGGGAUUAGUAAAAGAGUUGAGAGCAAUGCUCACUUGCCUGAACUGCCAGAACCGGUUGGGAUCAGCAGUAGAGAUGGUUGGAAAGGAUCACGGUCAAGAAGUUAUUCAAAAUCCAAAACCAUCAUGAACCAAGAAAGCACUGGUGGUUACACUAUAGUGCUUCCAAAGGAGUUGAUCACUCGAGAUGGAUUAGUGAUGGGGAGCUCUUCUCAUCACUCUUUCUUGUUAAGCAAAUCUUCUAGACAUGGUAGUAACAAAUCUCGUUCAUCAUACAAUAGUUCACCAGAGAUCAACGUCGGUCCAAGUUUAACCAAAUCCCUUUACAUGAACGAAGGGAUUCAUCAAAAAGAGAAGCUCUCGCCUUCUAGAACAGGUUGCAGUUUCUCAGUAGAUGCAAAUUCAGACACUGAGGAUAGUUCAGCGUCUGAUGAUAUCAAGACGGCAAGGUCUUCUGAAGCUCCAGAUUUGUCAACUGUCACUUCUUUAACUGAUCCUGAUAUCUCAAGGAUGCCAAGUGAGACUGUAAAUCAUUCUUCGGUUCCUGAACCACAGCCUCGUGAAAGCUCCAAGGAAGGAGAUCAACCAAGUCCGGUUUCAGUUCUAGAAGCUUCUUAUGAUGAUGAUGAUGUUUCAUCGAGUUCUGAAUGCUUUGAGAGUGUUAGCGCUGAUCUCAAAGGACUCAGGAUGCAACUUCAGCUCCUCAAACUAGAGUCAGCUGCUUACAAUGAAGCUAGCAUGCUCGUUUCAACUGAUGAAGACACAGAUCAGGAGUCGUCAACAAUAAAUGAUGAGAUUUUGACCAGCCAGGAGGUCAGAGAACAAGACUGGAAGUCAUUAUACUUAGUGGAUCUCCUAGCUAACUCCAAGUUAAGCGACUCAGACCACAACACUGUCAUGGAAACACCUGUAGAUCCAUCCUUGUUUCAGGAUUUGGAGAAGAAGUAUUCAAGCUUGAAAACCUCAACCCGGUUAGAAAGAAAGUUUCUGUUUGACCAGAUCAGCCAAGAGCUUAUACAGAUAUUAAAGCAGUUCUCGGAUCAUCACCCUUGGGUUAAACCAAAAAGGGUUUGCCAGAAAUGGGAUGCAAACAAGAUACAAGAGACUCUGCGUGAUUUGGUGACAAGAAAAGAAGAGAAACCAAGCAAAGAUGAUGUGGAGGAUUGGCUGAGGUUGGAAGAUGAUACUGAAAUCAUAGGUAGAGAUAUUGAGGAAAUGCUGACAGAUGAACUCAUAGCAGAGCUUGUAGUAGAUGCAAUCUUCUAAAAUGUUUAAAUAUUAUCUUUAUUUUACAUAAUUAAAAAAAGCUAGACAGGUGCUAAAUAUGUAAUGAUAAUUUCAUCAUAUGAGGUGGUGAAUAAGCAUAUGCAUGAGUCUUUCUCAAUAAACAUUGAAUAUGGAGUUUGAAAGUCUUAAAACU